UAAGAAAAUGAUACGUGAAAAAAAUCCUCGAUUAUCUUUAACAAGUCCAAUUGGAAAAAAAAUUAAUUAUCUUGAUGUUAAGAUAAGUCAUAUCAAUGAUCAACUUCGAACUAUCAUUAAUCAUGAUCAGGACAUUGAACCACGUGGAUUACCUUUUAUAUCGGAUCAUCCACUUCUAAUGUAUUCAACAUUAAUUCAAGCAUGUCUUAUACGUGCAGCAUUAGUUUGUUCCAAAGUAUCUGAUUUUGAAAAUGAACGUCGUGAUAUUCAAAUAGUCUUUAUAAUGAAUGGUUAUACAGUUGAUUUUAUUAAAGAACAUGUUCAACAAUUCUUUGAAGAUUUUCAUUUUUCCAAUUGGAGAUCACAUUUAGAUCAAAAUACCUAUGAUAGAAUGCGUCGAGAAAUUAUUGACUAUGAUCGAGAACGGCAUAAUGUGAAAAUUGAACAACGAAAAAAACAACAAAAUGAACAGAUAUAUUACAUUAUGUCCGAUCUAAAUGGUGAAGAACUAUACGAUUUUCAAGAAGAGAUUAAAAUCUUAUGGGACGAAUAUUUGAAAAAUGAAGUACCAUUUCAUAAUAUGAAUAUUGAAGUUAUUCAUCGACCAAAAUAUCCAUCAUAUACAUAA